GGAUUUCUGGUUUAAAUAGAUCCCAUCGCCUCCAAAAUUAGUGAGGUCAGAUCUUUCUGAAAUUCCACUGCAAAUAUCUCCCGUAUAACUCACAUACUUCUGCCAUGUCCGAUAUCAUGUAUCCCACCACGUAUCCUCCGGGGAUUAACGCCAACUCCCACCUCCACGAUAACUUCAUUGAGCUGGCGCCAUUUGAGAGAAGGCAGUUCAAUGGCUUAUUCGAAAUGCCGGGAACGGCUUCGGAAAAGGGAUCGCCCGUAUUCCGGAGCAAAAUAUGUGCUAUUACGGAGGACAACAACAUGGUCACCUCGCUCCACCCCAAGCUCAGCUCUAUCCACGAGUGUUUCCAGUAUAUGAUUCGCUUACACGCCAAGAAACGUUGUUUUGCGACUAGAGACAGUCCUGACAGCGACUACAUCUACCGAACGUACGAGGAGGUGGGUGAGGCGCGCGACCGCUUCGGUUCAGGGUUGGUUAAUCUUAUCAGGAACAUUAUGGGGAUCGAUGACCACCAGUACCGACUGGACGAUAAGGAUGAUUUUGUUCUCACCACCCUUCUUCCUAACUGCUACGAAUGGUUCAUCGCCGAUUUGGGCUGCAUCUCGUACUCCAUCUCAAACUCGGCGUUGUAUGGGACAUUGAGCCAGUUCGACGCCGCUUACAUUUUGAACUUGACCAAGUCGCCGGUUAUCAUUUUAUCCAAGGAUAAGAUCCUUUCCACGAUGACCAUCAUCCAUGAAUACAAACUUAGCUCGAUCAAGGUGUUGAUUGUCACAGAUUACGCCUCGGCGGGAGAUAUUCCACUCUCACAGAGGCAAUUGGCGGAAGAUUUGUCAAUCAAGUGUUUCACGUUUGCUGAAAUCUCGCAGAUGGGAGCCAAACAUCCGCUUGAUCACUUGGCUCCGAUCCCAAGCGGGAUCUAUACCAUUUCCUUUACCUCGGGAACCGUGGGCAAUCCUAAGGGCGUGGUUUUAACCCAUCAAAGUGCGUGUGCCUCCCUUGCCACCUUGGUGACCAUUUUCACCACUUCCAGCUCCAAAAAAAGGCAUGCUCCUGGCCUGGAAUACAGUGUGUUAUGCAUUUUACCAUUAGCUCAUGUCUACCAGAGGCUCGUCUGUGUGUUUGAGCUCUUUAUGGGUGCCACCAUCUACCUUCCGACAAUCUCCAAAGAUGUGAAGCAGAUUUUGGCCGAUUUGGUGGCUGUGAGGCCCUCGCAUUUAGUCGGGGUACCACGUAUCUUCAAUCGUAUCGACGCAGGCAUCACCACCAAGAUACAGUCCCUGGGCUGGAUGACAAAAUACUUGUACAAGAAAACCCUUGACUACAAGAAAGAGAAAUUCAAGGAGGGCCAGCCGAUGACUAACCACUGGUUGUACGAUCGUAACUUUACCCAAAAGAUCAGAACUUCGCUUGGACUAGACAAUGUGCAAUUGUUGGUUACUGGGUCAUCUAACAUGUUGCCAGAAACCAUCAGGAGAUUGAGAUCCUUGUUGAACGCCGAUUUCAUCCAGGGGUACGGCUUGACUGAAUCCUUCGCUUGUGUUACCAUUCCGUUUGGGGAAGACGAGUACCUGCCAGUUAGCUCGGGGUACAUUUCAUGUACCACUGAGUUGAAGUUGAGGGAUAAGGCUGAUAUUGACUUCACAUGGGCAAAGAACCGCUCUGGUGAAAUCAUGAUUAGGGGUCCACAAAUCAGUAAGGAGUACUACAGAGAUCCAAUCAGAACGCAAGAGGCUUAUGAUGCUGAGGGGUGGUUUUUCACUGGUGAUAUCGGGCGUGUUGACAAGAGCGGCAGAUUGGAAAUUGUGGACAGAGUGAAGAAUAUUACCACCUUGCACGGAGGCUACAGCCUUUCUCCCGAAAAGGUCGAGAACGUGUAUUUGCAGUUUAACCCCGGUCUUGUGUCUCAGAUGUAUGUCACUGGCAGUUCCACUCACUCAUUCUUGGUGGGUAUUCUUGUUCUUGACGAGCAGGAGUGCUUGGAAUUGCUUAAGCGUUCAAAUCAACCGAAAUUAAAGAAGGUGGCGUAUAUGAACGAGACUAACAUGAAAGAGUUGAACGACAAUCUUGAGUUGAGAAAGUACAUUUUGUCCGAGAUAAAUUCUCGGGUUUCGGAUUCCAAGUUAUUGAACAAGUACGAAAAAGUGGGCAAUAUCCACUUGUUCUUCAAUAAUGGUGGCCGAUAUGCCAAAUCCAGGUCAGUGAACUACGGGUUUACAGAUGAGAACGGGUUAUUGACUCCUACGAUGAAAACCAGGAGAUAUGAUGCCAGACGGUUCUUUGACGUCGAGCUCAAGAACUUGUACGAGCAAGGAACAAUCUGCAAUGGCAUCGUGUACAAUAAGGUGUAACUUAUGAUUAUAAUUAGAUAUAUGCCCAGAUUGCUUGUACACUAUGUAUAGAGAUAGCUUUGAUGAUCACCGAAUCUUCAGCUCCAAAGAGACCGUUUUAGAAGGGGACAUACUGAGAGAGAGAUGGGGUUAUUUGUAUCCGACACAUAUAAGUUGGUGC